GAGGAAACUUUUCCCGGUAAGCCAGAGGUACACAAUAUCCACACGGAUGAGCUAGUCAAGUGAUUUAAUCAAAUGUUGAAGUGAGUGGCAGCCGAGGAUGUAUAAGGCUGGGACCUGUUACUACUUUAUUUACUUUUGCUCUCUAGGAUUUAAUCCAAGCCUCAAAUGGUUUCUCGCUAAUUUAAUUAAUAUUUGGUUGAUGACCCCAUAGGCUUCUAGAGGCACAAUCUAUUGCUAAACUGGUCAGGGAACACAGACAAGAAAUACAACAGUGCAAACAGAUUGGCCACACAGUUGGACAACACAUGCAGGUUCAGCAUGCACAAAACCUAGAAUAGUGUUGAUGAAUAAUUUGAGUGGUCAUUGUUGACUGAAUUAAACCAGAUGCGUAUAACAGGGAUACAGCUACUAUCCUGUCCCAAUGACAUCACAAAGCUCAACAUCUCUCUGAUUUGUCCAAACUGGAUGAUCAUAUAGAGAAGACCCAGAGCAUGUCUAUAAAUAUACAAAGAUUAUAUCUGUUCAGGACUGAUCCAGGAAAAGCACUGGACAAAAUUUGUGAUGUUAUACCUUGUACUAUUCCUUUCUUUUAGCCUGACAGAGGGAGAAAAUUGCCAUAUUCUGGAAAACCCAUCAUAUCCUCUGCUAUCUAAAGAUGGAGAUGUGAUAAUCGGAGCUAUCUUUUCAAUACAUGGUGGUACACAAAUGCAAUCACUGCCAUAUACUGAAAAACCUCAACCUUUAAUCUGCAUUAGAUUUAACCUCAGAGAAUUCCGCCUUGCUCAGAGCAUGACAUUUGCAAUUGAUGAAAUCAACAGAAGCAACAGGUUGCUCCCAAAUAUCUCAGUUGGUUAUAGAAUUUAUGACAAUUGCGACUCAAGAUUGUUAUCUAUGAAAGCAGCCAUGGCUUUGAUGAAUGGUAUGGACAUAACAGCAGAUAAUGCCUGCUCUGGACAAGCAGUAGUACAAGCUAUCAUAGGAGAGUCAGAGUCUACUCCUACAAUAGCACUCACAAGAACUACAGGACCUUUUAAGAUCCCAGUGAUAAGUCACUCUGCCACAUGUGACUGUUUGAGCAACAGAAAAGUGUACCCCUCUUUUUUCAGGACUACUACAAGUGACUACUACCAGAGUAGAGCAUUGGCAUAUUUGGUCAAGCACUUUGGCUGGUCUUGGGUGGGAACUGUGAACAGUGAUAAUGAUUAUGGCAACAACGCAAUAUCCAUUUUUUUGAAAGCUGCCAAAGAGGAGGGAAUAUGUGUUGAGUACUCUGAGAGGUUUGACAGAUCAGAUACUGCCAAAAUCAUAAAAGUGGUCGAUAUUAUUAAGAAAAACACAGCCAAAGUAAUUAUCUUAGUUCUCGCCCAAAUUGACAUGAACAUUCUAAUUGACCACCUUAUUCUAAAGAAUGUCACUGGUUACCAGAUUAUUGGUGGUGAAGGAUGGAUUACUGCCGACAAUCUAGUAACACCAGCUAGCUACAACAUAUUGGCUGGAUCCAUAGGUUUUGAUGUGGGAAAACUGAACAUUAAUAGUUUUGCUUACUAUGUUGUAAAUGAAUUUUGGCAAACAAUAUAUCCUUGCUUGCAUACAGAGAGAAACAUUUAUCAAUCUGAAAACAAUUGCAGGAAAUACGAAGAUAUGAUUCAAUUUAAAAACUACAGUGAGGAUAUAUCAGAAUUGAGAUAUGCAAAAAACAUAUACAAUGCAGUUUAUGCUGUUGCACAUUCUCUGCACAGCCUGUUGAGAUGCACAGAAAAUCAGAGCUGUGAAAAUUACAAAACAAUACAACCAUGGCAGGUUGUUGAGUUUCUAAAAAAGGUCAAUUUUACCACCAAAUUGGGAGAACAGGUUUGGUUUGAUAGCACUGGGGCAACGGUGGCAAAAUAUGAUGUGGUGAACUGGCAACGAGGGUUCAAUGGAGAAGUGCAGUUUAAGGUUGUGGGCUAUUAUGAUGCCUCUCUGCCAAGUGGACAACAAUUUGUCCUAAAUGAUGAAGAUAUUGUCUGGGCAGCAGAGACAAGAGAGAAGCCAAGGUCUGUGUGCAGUGAGAGCUGUCCUCCAGGAACCAGGAAAGCUGCACAGAAAGGAAGGCAUGUCUGCUGCUAUGACUGUAUACCAUGUGCAGAGGGAGAGUUCAGUAACCAGACAGAUUCAAAUAUCUGUGAGCAGUGUCCAGGAGAAUAUUGGUCUAAUGCUGACAGAGAUAAAUGUAUGUUAAAGGUCAUAGAGUUUCUUUCAUUUACAGAGGUUAUGGGGAUAAUAUUGGUUCUUGUUUCUUUGUUUGGAGCUACAUUAACUGUGUUAGUAGCUAUUUUAUUUUUAAUAGAAAAAGACACUCCAAUUGUUAAAGCCAACAACUCAGAGCUGAGCUUCCUGCUGCUGUUCUCUCUGACUCUGUGUUUUCUCUGUUCACUAACUUUCAUUGGACGGCCAUCUGAGUGGUCCUGUAUGCUGCGUCACCCAGCGUUUGGGAUCACCUUUGUGCUCUGUAUCUCCUGUCUACUAGGGAAAACAAUAGUUGUAUUAGUGGCCUUCAGGGCUACACUUCCAGGCAGUAAUGUCAUGAAAUGGUUUGGGCCUCUACAGCAAAGGCUCACUGUUCUUGCUCUCACUUUCAUACAGGUUCUUAUUUGUGUGCUUUGGUUAAAAGUUUCUCCUCCUUUCCCCUACAAGAACAUGAACUACUACAAGGAAAAGAUCAUAUUAGAAUGUAACUUGGGCUCAGCUAUAGGUUUCUGGGCUGUGCUGGGUUAUAUAGGAGUUCUUGCUUUCUUGUGCUUUGUUUUGUCUUUUCUAGCUAGAAAGCUGCCAGAUAAUUUUAAUGAAGCUAAAUUCAUCACAUUCAGCAUACUCAUAUUCUGUGCUGUGUGGAUCACCUUUAUUCCAGCUUAUGUCAGCUCUCCUGGAAAAUUUAUUGUAGCUGUGGAGAUAUUUGCUAUUUUGGCCUCCAGUUUUGCUCUACUGUUCUGUAUAUUUACACCUAAAUGUUACAUUAUUCUGUUUAAACCUGAACUAAACACGAAGAAAAAUAUGAUGGGUAAAAUGGCAUCUAAAUCACUUUACUAAACAAGCUGUUCAAAUCUGCAAACAUACACAUCGUUUUAGCUGAAAAAUGUUAAAGUUGGACACAAUGUCAAAUAUCAUCAAAUAAAUAAUAGUUAGAUAUCGUACAUCUAAUUACAUCUAUGGAUGUGGUUAUGGAUAAGGAUAUGAAUGAGAACAGAUUAAACUUCUCAUUAAAAAAUGUCACAAUUGUGUCUUAUCUCUGGUCAUAGCAGUAAUUUUCUAUACAGCAUUUUGUAAUCAGUUAUUUUAUUGGCACAAAUCAUUCUUGAUAUGUCAUUUUUUAAUUUUUUUAUUUUUAUUUUUUUAAAUGGAAGGGUUAUAUCUUCUCAAAUUAAUAUGCCUUGAUGUAAAUAAUCAUAAACCUACCAAUCAAUCAAAUAUUCAAUCAAUUGUUCAGUAACAAAUAAAAAUGAAAUCUGUCAUGACAGAAUAAAUAAUAAUGUCUCCAUACAAAAUAUAAAAAUGUUUGCACUAGAUUAUGGAUGGUCAAUCAUAUUUUUAAAAUGCAUCUGCUAUGGUUUCCAUCAGAUCAGCAGAGGGAACUGAAGACUAGCAUGUUAGACUACUUGCUCAUGCACCUGGCAAAAUGUCUCCCACAAGUUACACAAUAUGCUUAUUUGGAAAAUUCCAUGAGUAACUUACACGCACGUAGUAAAUAUUAUAGAAAUAAGCAUGUAAUUCACUAUGCAUGUAAUGUUGAAUACCAUUACUUUGCACUGUUAAUUGUGUAGAAAUAUAAAUAACCAAGCAGCAGAGGUUGUACUUUAGGUAAGGACUUGAGGGCUUUAGGGAGCAUGCAAUAGGAAAUGGUGGGGGGUUGGCUAGGAAUUGGAAGGAACAAAACAGGCUGCUGUGAGAAAACACUCAUCUGGAACACAAUCUAAUAGGUGUCUCUACAAAUGCGGUAAUUGCAAAUAACAACAUUAUUAAUUAAAACACAGCCAGCAGCAACAUAAUAUACUUUCAAAAAUACCUGCAGGGAUAACAUUGCUCUGAACAACAAAAACACAUCCUCAGCCCUGUAUGAUGCAAUGCCAGA